CUCGCAAUUCGUGUUACUUUUACAGUACAGCAGUUCUGAAGCUGCGGGCUGCCCUAUUGCGGCUACCGGCUGACUGGCUGAGCUUACUCUGCCUUACCUUGGUCGACAAGUGAAGUGCUUAGCUGCAGUGCAGAGAACAUUAAGGCCCACGCCAUCCCAGCAUCUCCACCCAGCAGCGCUGCCGAUAUUUCGAGCGCCAUUAGAACUAACUUUGCCAGGCCACCGAGCCCUGCCACUGCAGCUUGCGGAAGCAGCACAUCCUCCUCGACUCGACACUCGACACUCCUUCGCUGCUGCCGUGUUCAACAACAACACACCCGCCUUCCUCCAUUGCUUCCUCUCAUCACACCCCGCCUCCACCAAAUAUGCUCACCUUCCGCCGAGCCCUCGUCGUUGCCGCCCUUCUCUUAACUUUCUUCCUGCUGUUACGGAACACCCAUCCUGCCGGCCCGGCUAAAGUCAACAACUCUCCCAAGCCGACUGGAUCCCACGCAGAUAAUAGGAAGAUCGUUGACGCCUCGCCGGACGGCCCAGAGAAGCUGGUCGACCAAGCAAAACCUGCAUCGACAGCGCCAACGAAAGGCUACAAGGACGAGAAUGGAGGGAGGAUAGCAUUGAAGCAUUCGCGACCCCAGAUCGCAUUGGACGACUUGAAGCUGCGACCCCUGCGACAACAAAUAUCAUAUUCCUUCCCAUACGAUCCUGAGGGUAAAUUCCCUGCAUACAUAUGGCAGACCUGGAAAGUCACUCCUGCUUCAGGAGACUUCAACGAGGAAUGGAGACCAGCAGAGGCCUCUUGGACAGAGCUGCACCCAAGCUUCGUGCACGAGGUCAUUACCGAUUCUGUCGCCUCAAAUUUGAUCAAGCACUUCUACGCAAGCAUUCCUGAGAUUGUCCAAGCAUACGAAUCUCUGCCUGAGCCCGUGCUGAAGGCUGACUUCUUCCGAUAUCUGAUCCUGCUCGCAAGAGGCGGCAUCUACUCCGACAUCGAUACAACCGCGCUCAAGUCUGCCGUCGAGUGGGUGCCUGCAGAGGUCCCGCGGAGUAGCUACGGCUUGGUGAUUGGCAUCGAGGCAGAUCCCGACCGACCAGAUUGGCAUGACUGGUAUUCGCGGAGGAUCCAGUUCUGCCAGUGGACCAUCCAAAGCAAGCCUGGCCACCCUGUGCUCGUCGACAUCGUCGCUACCAUCACCGAAGAGACUUUGCGACGCAAGAAGGCCGGCGAACUGGACCGAAAGCAUAUCAAGAGUGUCGUGGAAUUUACUGGUCCUGCAGUCUGGACAGACACCAUCUUCAAAUUCUUCAACAAUCCCGAGUUCUUCGAUAUGACCACGAGCAAAGGCAACAUCACCUGGCAACACUUCACAGGCAUCACACAGGCCAAGAAGGUCGGCGAUGUCGUUGUGCUUCCCAUAACCUCAUUCUCGCCUGGUGUGCAACAAAUGGGUGCACAGGACAUUGAUGACCCAAUGGCGUUCGUGCAGCACACGUUCGAAGGCACCUGGAAGCCUGAGAGCGAACGCCAUAUUGGAGAAAAAGAUAAAGAUAAGCAGUGAAUGUUUCAACUAUAUCUGAGACAUCGGAACCUGGCAAGCAUCGCGUAAAUCUCGCCAUGACUUGCGACAAAAAUCCCGCGACCCGAACAGGCGCCGAGAAAGUCGGCACCAUGGCACCGACGCCUUCGACUGCGAAAGCACGGCGCCACUACAAUAGAGCAUGACAAAAACUGGGAAUCAUAGAGGUCGGAUCCUAUCACGUAGGAUCCCACGCUAUUUGGACGAUUUUACUACACGAGACAAAUCUCUCGUUUGGAGUUUCUGGAGAGGGAGAAGCGAACCUCCCGCUGGGCCUGGCAUCACACAUCGCUAUUCAAGUGCUGAAUAGCGCAUUUGCUUGUUGUUUUCAAGACUUCUGCAUCGGUGGCGUUGAGUUGGACUUCAUAUGUAACCAUACGAAAUGGCAUACUGCAACACGCAGUAGCAUUGCUCACG